UAGCCUCACCAACUGGGAAACUAACUCACCUGCAACAUCUCCAAGCAAAAGACAACAAUAAAGCUCCCACCACCUUUACUGCCAUCUGCCAUGGAAACCCAGCAAAGACACGGACUCCACGCACUUUGCCACACCUGCCGGAGAACAGAGAACAGCAGAAUCAAGGUCAAGAAGAUGUCCUCGUCCAGCCGCGCGCUGCUCUUCGCGCUGGCUCUCGCGCUCUACGCGGUGGAAAUGGCCUCGGCGGAGACGUUGUGUGGGGGAGAGCUGGUGGAUGCGCUGCAGUUUGUCUGCGAAGACAGAGGCUUCUAUUUCAGUAGACCAACCAGCAGGGGUAACAACAGGCGCUCCCAGAACCGUGGGAUCGUAGAGGAGUGUUGUUUCCGUAGCUGUGACCUCAACUUGUUGGAGCAGUAUUGUGCCAAACCGGCCAAGUCUGAGAGGGACGUGUCGGCUACCUCUCUACAGGUCAUACCCGUGAUGCCCACACUAAAGCAGGAAGGCCCGAGGAAGCAGCAUGCGACCGUGAAGUAUUCCAAAUACGAUGUGUGGCAGAGGAGGGCGGCCCAGCGGCUCCGGAGGGGCGUCCCUGCCAUCCUGAGGGCCAAAAAGUUUCGGAGGCAGGCGGAGAAGAUUAAAGCCCAGGAGCAGUCAAUCUUUCACAGGCCUCUGAUCAGCCUUCCCAGCAAACUGCCCCCCGUGUUGCACACCACGGACAACUUUCUCAACCACAAAUGAGCCCGCUGCCAGCCCUUUGCACAGACAAGAGUAUGAGGGUGACAAAAAAGACUAGGGGAUUAUAGCUUUGUCUCUGACGUCAUUUCUGUGGCAGUCCUCUUUGACCUUCCCUGCCCUGUCCAGGCCCACCAGUCCCUCCCCCCUGCUUUAGUCCACUACGUCUUGAACCCAUGGCCCUUUUCUAAUGCCCACCACCCCACCCCCAUUUAAACCUCAGCCACCCACCCUUCUCUGGCACACAAACAUGCUUUCACAUUCUUCCUGUCUGAACUCUUUAGCGCCUUUUCUCUUUCAGUCACAGAUACAAAAGGAACAAACACAAAAGUUGAAAAAAACUUUAACAAUUUGGCUGAAUGCAAUUCAGGUGGAUCCCUAAGCAAAAGAGAAACGGGAAGGGGGAAAAGAAGAUGAAAGAGAUCUGUGUUUCCAAGUGUCAAGAGGACACCUAGCAGAUUUUUUUUUGUCCUGGUGGAAGACAACUGAAAGUGAAGAGCAGCUCGCAUGAAAGAAUUCAUUCCACUUCAUUUUUCCUGAGGCAAAAGAAAAUCUCUGUUAGUUCUUUUUCCUAUUAGUUUGCACCUCUACCUAUAAAGGGACUUCCACACUGUAAGGAAUUAUUUUGCAAAAUUAGAUUCCUGUUCCAGCACCUUUUUUGACCACAAACAAAAAGCAGAAGAAAAAAAAAAAGUCUGCAAAAUUGCACAUUGCCACGGAUUACGUCAAAGUAAAGAAAAAAAAA